AUGGCUAGCCCAGAAAACCCCCCGGGGGGAGGCUCCCCGCCGGGUAUAACAUACAGCAGAACACUUCCUGAAUGGUUUGGUCCUUACGAAGACACCAUCAUCCUGCAGAUGAAUCCAACUGAAGGAAACAGCCUCCCAAAGAACCCUUUCACUAUCAGCAAGUCUGUCCAACUUGACGGUGGGAAAAUAGAAUAUGCCAAAACCGAAGCCAGAGGAACCAAAUACACCAUUAAGGUUCGCGGCCGGAAAUUGGCUGAAAAGCUUAUUAAAAUGGAAACUCUUAUCGACGGCACCCCAAUCCAAGUAAUACCGCACCCUCAACUAAACUUUACACGUUGCGUCGUCUCAUGUCGUGAUGCUGUUGACAUCGACGAAUCCGAGCUUCUGAAAGAAUUGAAGAGUCAAAACGUAACACAUGUUAGAAGAAUCACGAGGAAAGUUGCUGAUGAAAAUUCACGAGGAAAGCUGCUGACGGUGAAUACUGCCACCCUUGUCAUAACGGUAGCAGGCAUCGAGAAACCGGACUACAUCAAUUUCGGGCUCCUGCGCAUUCCAACACGACCCUAUUAUCCAACACCUAUGCUCUGUUUCAAGUGUUUGGAUUAUGGUCACACUAAAGUGAAAUGUACCGGAAACGAGAAAUGUCAAAAUUGCUCCCAGGAACACGAUGGAAUAUGUGAAAACCCCACUUACUGUCACCACUGCAAAAAUGGUCAUUCUGCCCUUAAUCGUCAAUGCCCAAAAUAUCUUUUGGAAGACAAAAUUUGUAAGAUGCAAGUAGACCUCAAAAUCACAUUUCCUGAGGCCCGACGAUUGUAUGAGUCCCAACAUACAAACAACAAAUCAUACGCCGAAAUCACCUCAUCGAAAUCACCCCUACAAGACGAAAUCGAAAAGAGGGACCAGGCACAAUCGCAGCCCAACCGCCUAAGUCGCUCUUUGGCACCAACCCAAGCUAAUGGAAAUCGUUCAACAACACCAGCCAAACGAAAUCAAACCGAAUCCCUCAAACAGCCACCGCAGAAAAAACAAGCCACAACACAACCCUCAUCCGAAUUCGAAGACUGCCCAGAUACAGGAUCUGAAACCGAUGUCCCAAUGACGCAGUGCACCCAGGACCUGUUUUCACAAAACUAA